UUCUAAAGAAUUCUCUACAGUUCGAUUGUGUUUCGAACAAAUCAAAAUGCUGAGUUGCCAAUUAAUUAUUUAAUAGAUUGAGAUAUUAGUUGCCUGAUUGUACGCAUGAUUUUAUAAUAUGCUCACAAUGGAAAUGCAAACAUCACAGGUCAGUCAUGGACUUUCUACUCUACCUAACUCUUUGACGCAUCAUGCCACCGCGGUGACGUCAUCGCACCAACUCCAUCACCAUCACAACCUCCAUUCGCCACAGCACAGUCAUCUCUACUUACAUCAUCAUCAGCGACAAGAGGGCAGCGCCAAUAGUCAUAUACAAGAGCAGCAGCAUACGCAUCAACAUGCUGUAACGGAGAUACAAAGCAAUUCAACCAUUACUAGUGAUCACACUCAUUCACAAUUAACACACUUACAGAUUCUAGCGCAGCAACAGCAACAAUCUCCUAAUAAUUCUUAUACUUCACAUACCGACAACAAACCUAAAGGGCACAAAUUGGAGGAAUACUGUGUAACAGGAAAUAUCAAUGCGUCACCAUCAGCAGCACCAAAUUUUAUGCCACAAACGGCUGUUGAAUGGAUUUCAGCCAUGAAUGAAACUCAAAACAAUGCCGAAAACCGCAGUCGUUCAAUUAAAAUUUUGGGACCCAGAAAAGACUUGAAUAACGUAGCUAACAUGCGUCAUGAGGAGGAAAUACGCAACGGUAUGUUUAACCUGCAGAAUCGAGUAUAG